GACAAAAAAUGGAACACACCAGCAGUGUGAGGAGACCUGAAAGUGGCCACAUGGCAGAAGUGUGUGGCGAUGGAGACAGCAGCAAUGGGAGGCCGUACAGGGGACCCCAUGAGAGACUCUGGACCUGGCAGCAGCAUGAGGAGGCGGUACAGGGGCCCAUGGCAGAUUAGGGGCCUGGCAGCAGCUAUGGGAGAGGCCCGUAAUCUGCCAGCACCCUAUGACAAAAAAUUGAACACACCAGCAGUAGUGAUGGAGACCUGAAAGUGGCACAUGGGAGUGUGGCGAUGGGACAGCAGCAAUGGGAGGCCGUACGGGGACCCAAGAGGGGCUUGGAUUGGGGAGCGCUGA